UGUGUGUUAUAAUGAUACUCUACAAAUAUACAAUUUAAAUGCAACUCUACAUUCGCUAAAUUCGUUUGUCACAGUAUUAAAACUACCUGCUCUUUCAAUAGCGACAAAAUAUAUGGAUCACAGAGGAGACCGUAUUGUUCAGACAUCGUUCAAACAUUUACAAUACAAGUAUAAGAUAAGAUAAAUAAUGUCGUAUGUAGUGAUUCGAACUCGAACAUAACACUAAAGACCUCUGUGGGAACAAGGCAUCUCACAGACCACAGUACCAUUUGAUAAUCGGAACGCGAUGGACCAGGGGAAUGAGUCGGAGUUAGAAAAAAUAAACAAAAGUGAAAUCGAGAAUGGUGACGCAAAGAGUCAAGUCAACGCACAACAGCCUUUCCGAAGACAGGCCUUUGUGUCGAUGGCUGCCUUCAUGCUGUCGUUUAGUGCUGGUGCAACAUCUGGUAUUUCAGCCAUUAUAAUACCACAGUUACAACAUGAAGACAGACACAAGUACAACAGAGAGAUGAUCUCCUGGGUAGCUGCAAUUUCGUCGUUGGCUCUCCUAUUCGGGAACAUUAUAUCAGGAUACUUAAUGGAAAGAUUUGGCAGAAGAAGAUCGCAGCUACUUUUGUCACUUACUUAUAUCAGUGGGUGGAUGAUAAUUGGAUUCGCUGGUAAUAUCUAUCUAAUGUUAAUGGGAAGAUUCAUAACAGGAUUUUGCCAAGGAUGGCUCGGGCCGCUAGGGCCAGUAUUCGUUGGAGAAAUAAGCUCGCCCAUUUAUAGAGGACUAUUUUUAGCUGGCUUAUCUUUAAGCAUUGCGUUUGGUGUUUUCAUGUCUCAUUUAUUUGGCACGUUUUUGCAUUGGAGUCACGCCUCAUUCUUAUGUGGAUUGUUUCCAUUAAUUGGAGGAAUAAUUAUAUUCUACGCACCAGAAUCUCCAUCAUGGUUAGCGUCAAAGAACAGAGUUGAAGAAUGUAAAGAAUCUUUCUAUUGGUACAGAGGCUACAGUCCAGUUAUGCAAAAUGAGUUAGAUAAGAUGUUAGUUGAACAUGAAAAGAAGAAAGAAGUAAAGCCAAAACUUGAGACAUUGAAAGAAAAUAUCAAGAAGCCCGAGUUCUGGAAGCCUCUUUGUAUAAUGAUCGUGUUCUUCAUUGUGACGCAGCUGUCGGGUAUUAAUGUAGUGUGUGCAUAUACUACAGAUAUCAUGGAGGUACUUAUCGGAAAUAAUAAGAACACAUACGCCGCAAUGUUGGCAACAGAUAUUCUGAGAGUGAUUGCUUUAAUUUCAGCUUGCUUAAUACUUCGAAGACUUGGAAGAAGACCGCUAGCUAUAUUUAGUGGAGUGCUUACAACUUUGUCUUUAAUAACCCUAGCAUCUUAUUUGUAUUUGGUUGAUAAACGUGUGAUAAGACACAUAUCACCCUUUAUAUCGCUAGGAUUAAUGGCUAUUUAUAUAGUUGUAUCUAAUUUAGGAAUAUCACCGUUACCGUGGAAUAUGGUAGGUGAAGUAUUUGCUUCUGAAACUAAAGGCUUAGGUUCUGGAAUUAGUGUAAUGAUGACAUCAAUGGCAUUCUUUGGAACAGUGAAAACAGCUCCUGCCAUGUUCCACAGUAUAGGACAUCAUGGCACAUACAUGUUUUAUGGGUUGUCAACACUGAUGGGUACAAUAUUCUUAUAUUUCUUCCUUCCGGAGACUAAAGGUAAAACACUGUUACAAAUAGCGGAGCAUUUUAGAAGUAACGAUAAGAAAAAGAAAUGGGAUUUAAAUGAUACGAAUUGUGCCUGAUUAGCAGGUCAAUGUCGUCAUUAGUGAUAAGUGAUAAGCGAUCAUAGCGUAAUAAUGUAACACAAUUACAUGGACUUAAAGACAUUGCUACUAAAAUAUACUAAAACUUAGUGUGUUUGUUAAACGUUAGGUAUACCUAUAUAAAUUAAUUUAAAUUACAAAUGCAUAAUAUAUUUUUCUCAUAAUGUACUUUUGGAUUUCACCCGUACGCUUUAAUCAAAUAUGUGUCAGAAUCAGUCAUGUUCAAUAUAGCAAAUGAUAUGACAAGAGUCCAUUUUAUCACCAAAUCUACCACUAAAAACCCGGGACAGUAAAAUUAUCAUUAUUUAUACAAAAUUUAACUUUAAUGCUGUCUGUUAAGAUUUUGUUUGGCCUGGAUUGCGUUAUGAUUAAGGACCUGUUAAUUCGCGAUACUGACGGAAGGGAC